AUGGCCUCAGCAUUGAGCCGCUCCGCGCGGUACUGGGGCGUGGGUGUAUCGGCCCGCCCUACAGCCGCCGUGGGAACAUCGUUUGCGACUCAGCGUUACCUUUCGGCAAGCGUCCGACACCUCGACGAGCACAAACCGCCACACACCGGAAGCUCCGACGCGGCCUCGAGCUCAUCCUCAACAACAGCCGAAGGCAGCAGUGACAACAGCAGUAGCAGUGGUAGCACUGGCUACAAGCCGCCGUCAAGAGCAACGGGUACCUGGCCAUUCGAGAGCAAUGCGGAAACCUCCGAAUCCAACACGCAGGUGUCUGCUUCCGAGGCGUCGAGCCCAAAGAGCAAUCCCUACGCUGGCCUGUUUGAUGGCUCGGAUCCAUUCCCCAAAGUCGGCAGCAGCAGCAGCAGCAGCGGCGGCUCAUCCUCGACCGACUCGACUCAAGAUGGUGCUGCUCUUCCCAAGACCGGGUCGUGGCUCACCGAGCAGCUCGACUCGCUCUCUUCAUCCAGUCGCACCUCGCGCGUCAUCGGCCGCUCCGCACAGCUCAAUCCCAACCAGAAGAUGUCUGAAUCGGAGCGCCGCAAACACCUCGUUCCGCGCUCCGUGCUCUUUGCGGACGGAGAGGCAGCGAGGCAGUCGGACGAACUCCGCCCGCGCAAGCCGUCCAACUCUCCACGCAAGCGCCUCGACCGCACGCCGCUGACAAAGCAGGAGGCCAACGCGUUCAUGUCGCUGCUCAACCAGGCGCUUGCCGGCACCUCCAGCCCGUCGUCGUCGUCGUCGUCGGCGGCGGCGGCGGCGUCGAUGCCGGGUGAUGCGGCAGAGGACUCGUCGGCUCUGCCGUUCGGAAGCUACACGUCGCUGAUCAGCAAUCCAAAGACGCAGACGGGGAGCAAGGCGCUGCUGCAGGCAUUCGCAAAGCGGAACAGGCUCCAGCGCUUCGAAGCCGCCAAAGCACAGCGCGCCAGGCGGUUCGCAAGGGAGGGUCUGGCGGCGCAGAUCGAUCCACUCCUGCUCGAGGCGGGCAUCGACGAGGCGCGCGAACACAUCGCCAUGUGCGAAAACCUCGCCGAGCUGCUCGACUUUGCCAAGCGCGAGGUGUGGGGCAUCCGCCCCAACACUCCAUCCCCAUCCGCCCAAGAGGGCGCCUCCACCUCGGACGCUACUGCCGAGGCCGUUGAAUCGGAUCCAAGCACGGCCAAGAUGGCGGGGCCAAAGUACGGCAAGGAUACGCCGUACUAUUCGUCCGUGCUGCAGCUGUUGUUUGUGGCGAUUCGCGAUCGAUAUAGAGCUCCGCACGUAGCGCUGUCUCUGCCGCGUGUGACGCGCUCGCUCGGCAUCGAGAGCUACGUACUCGGCGUCACGGGCCUGCUGUACAACGAGGUGCUCAAGACGCAGUGGGACUGGCUCGGUGAUCUGCAGGGCGUAGUCAAGACGCUGCGCCAAGCGCGCGAGACGGGCAUCCUCAGCGCACCCCUCAAGCACGCCUCGAUCCCACCAGGCUCAUCAAGACCACUCUAUGCCACCACCGAGGAUGAAACAAUCCGCGAAACGGUCGACCGCAUCGCAAACGAGGUGCGCAAGUUCGUCCUCGACCAGCAGAUGGCCGCUCAUCCCGCACUCAGACGCGGAAACAUGUACGGCGGCGCACUCGAUGACGUCCUCGGUGGCGCGGCGCACAACGCACACAUGCCCAAGACAGAGCUGACAGAGGAUUGGAGCCAUACCUGGCUGCUUGCGAAUGCGGAUGAGGCGUCAGCGCUGGCCGGUCAGCCAUUCAGAUUGCUACAGCGCCAGGCGGAUGAUGCAGACACCACCCGAGCAAAUGGUCCUCUUCGCGCCUACCCCAAGAAAGCCAUCCGCCCCGGACGCGACAACCGCGAACCCCGAGAGAGAACCUCGCCGCGUCAAAGCUCACAGAGGUACUAA